CGGCUUCAGUCUGCCAGUAACUUUUCAGCCGUUAAGAGCACUCGCCCUCGCCAGUGCAGUACCGCGCACCGCUCGUCGGUACCGCCCUCCCUUGUUGUGUAUUCCCCGCCACCCCCUCAAACCAUUUGGGGAUCGUUUCAGUGCGCGAGUGCGAAUUGGUUCGAAACGGGGGAAAACCAAGCAAAAAAAAGAAAUGUGGUAAAAUAUGAUGUGCCGUCGUUGCUCGAAUGAUACGGAAGAUGCGGAAUCGUCUUCGUGCCCGACGAAAUUGUUAUCCGGCAGGCUGGAUAUCGGAUGAACGUGUUCGGUAGCUGGAGGAUUCACACGCCAGACAUGUCCAUGAUAUCAGGCUGGACAUGUAUCACGGUUUUGGUUUUGGCGAUGAUGCUGACUUCCGCUUCACCCGUAGUUCGCGCGUAUCGAUCGUCGAGGUCGUUUAGGAACGCCGUCGUUCCUCGUGGUCGUAUCGACGCGUAUGUCAUUCCGCAAAACUUGGAGGCAAUGCCGACGCCGUCGAUCUACGGCCGGACUCAGAGGUCUCAUAAACCUUCGAGGCGGCUCCGUGUCGAAUGUGAAAACGAACAUUAUACGGUGAAGGCUUUCAGGGCAAGAAUCGUUCUGCACGUGAGAGCGCAGAGUGUGGAAACUAUAAAGACCCCGUCUUCGUAUUCGGUGCACUUUAAAAUAAUCAAGAGCUUGAAACAAUCGUCUUGGCCGAUACACGAGAUGAUCAGCCUGAGCUUUUCCAAUUCUACGGGUCGAUGCGACAAGAGUCGCAAUGGUAGGCGGAGGAAGCUGGUCGGUGCCGAUAUACGCGCCUCGCAGGAGUAUAUUAUCUUCCUGAACGCGACGUCCAACGACGACUUCAAGAUCGUAGGUGCGCCCGAACCGCUUAAAAGGAGGCGGCACAGGGAGGAUAUGCUGUCCGUUUUACAGAAAGUCUGCAGCCCUAAAUUCAGACCGAAACCAGUGUCCAUCUCAAAAUUGGAGGACAAGUCUUCGUGGAACAUGAAAAAGCAAAUCAAACGAAGAAAACAACGACUCAAGUUGGUUUGUAGGUCGACGGGACUUCCUUUUCCAAGGAUAACGUGGAGGAAAAAUAACGUAACGCUGACUAAUAACACCCACAUGCAGAUUACUUACGUUAAAAGACGGAGCACACUGAAAAUUCGAAAUGCGAGCGAGCAGGACUCCGGUCGGUAUGAGUGCAUUGCCUGGGAUCUCAACCAUUCCUACAAGUCGAGGAGUAUUGACGUUCAAGUGAAAAUACGCGUCACCACGACCACCUCUUCACCUUUGAGUGAGAUUGAUGAUAAAAAACAAUGUCCGAUUGAAUAUGCCACUAAGUACUGUCUGAACGGCGGCACAUGUUUCGAAGAUCUCGAUCCCUUGGAACGAUAUUGCAUGUGUCCCAGCGGAUAUGAAGGAGACCGAUGCCAGUACAAAGACAGCUACGUCAGCUAAGCGUGUGGGAACUCGAGUGAAAAUAAUGUAUAUUUGUAAAAUAUUCUGUGGCAAAAGACUGUAAUCACUACUUACGAAUCAUGGUCAAUUACUUAACGUGAAAAUACAUCAAAAAUAUUUCAACAGCUAAGGUGGCAUUUUAACGCCUAUCGUUGCCGCUUCGAUAACGUUGAAACUCAAAUAAUUUUAAAACAAACAAGUCUACAAUUAAUAAUUUUACAAUGGAGGCGAAUUUAUGCGUUGCAUAAGAUGCAUAGCUUUUUAACGGCGUUAAAAUACAAUUUUGUAAUACGGUUUUGUUAUUUUUCUCGAGCAUUGAUUUUGUUGUGCUAAACUGUCUGGCCCGACUUAAAUUAUCCUUUGAAAGCGUAUGUAUACUGUGUAUAUACUUGUCGAAAGGUGAGAACGGUAGCCCGAAUUUUUAAUAGAGUUUUAUAUUUCUGAAUAUAUCAGGGACCGAUAAUAUAAUUCUUUUUGUACAAACCUUGUAAAUAAUUAAUUUAUUACACCAAUUAUUAUUAUUGUCCUAUUCUUUAACAAAUAUUUUAAAACACUUUUAAACCAAAAUGUAAUUAAUAAA